AUGGCCGCCCACGCUGGCAAUAGCCAGGUGGCCGGCCCAUCUGACCGCCCUGACCCGGAGCAGCUACUAGACCGACACGAGUCGGAUAGUGACUCAGUGUCCGAUGGUGGCAGCUCUGGAGAAGGCGAGACCCCUGUGCGUCGCCGGCAGCCCACGCUCGAAGGGCUCCUCCUUACUUUUUGGUUUCCGUUGCCCACGACCCUCAAUUGCCCGCACUUACGCUGCUCGGCGAAGUUCCGGGUGAAGCUGUGGACCUCUGCCAAGCAGUCGGUUUCGCGGCACAUCCGGGACAUGCACGAGGAGGCGGAAUCUACGGAAUCCACGCUGUGUGGAGUCGUUUCCGACCAAGAAACUCUGUACAGAGAAGUUCUACAAGCGAUAUAA